AUGUCAAACCACCCAUACGCCUCUGCGUAUUCCAACCUUCCCUCCUCAUCCCUCCUCAUGGGCCAGGGCCCGCAGUCGAACCCAGGCGGCGGCAGCCAGACGGAUUCCAAGCGGCCCCGGAGUAACAAGGACGAUGAUGACGAUGACGACGACGAUGAAAGCGACGAGAGCGACGACGACGCCGCGGCCAAACUCGCCGCGCAGGCAGCCAAGCCGAACCGCAAGAUUGUGAAAGGACCAGAUGGCAAGCCCAAGGUCAAACUCACCCGCGGUUCGCGCGCGUGCAUAGCCUGUCGCAAGAUCAAGAUGCGUUGUAUCCCAGACGACUCGAGCGGCCCCAACGGGCCGUGCAAGCGCUGCAAAUCAGGCGGGCACGAGUGCAUCUUUGAAGAGUCGAACCGCGGUAAGCGCAGCACGCGCAAGAAUGAGGCUCUCGCAGCCAAGAUUAACAAGAUGGAAACGGCGCUCAAGGGCAUUGGUGGAGCACUGGGCAGCCUGGAUGCCUCGGCACUCAAUUCCUUCUCGCAGGCGCUCCAUGCGUCCACGAGCGAUCCCGAGGUCAUCUCUCUCAUCUCGUCACACGCAUCGCAGGCAGGACCGAGCCUUUCGUCCAGCCGCAGCUUCGGAUACGGGCACGAGGGCGAGAGACGUGGCCCAGACGAAUCCACCACCGGCAGCCAUCUCCCCCCUCUUUCUCCACGACUGCAUUCACUGCCGGACAACGUUCUCUCCCCGCUGGGUCUCCUGGCGGAGGCCAGUCUCCAAAACACUGAUCCGGCAAAGAAGCACACUACCUUCUCCCGCAAUGGCAAUGUCCCAGUGCGCCCAUCACCGCUGAGCCUUGGUGUGUCGGCCAAACUAGGACAGAACGGAUCGAACCAGCGCCUCACGACGAGCGAUGUGCGUGGGCACGGGCCAGAGGUUGGCGUCGCGGCGUCCAACUACUUCAAACCCGGUAACCUGUCCAUGCAUCCGGGCGGUGAUGAGCGUCUCCCUGAGCUCCUCAAUCUCAUCACUCGUGAGGAGAUCGCCGAGCUGUUCCAGAUAUUCUUCAACCACACAGUGUCUUUACACGUGCCUCUCCUGUACCGCGACUUCCACACGCCCGACCUCGUCUUGCAACGCAGCCAGUUUCUCUGCACAGUUAUCUGCGCCAUCGCAGCGCGUUAUUACACGAAGCGGGAUGUGCACCACAAUCUGUCCAUUUACGCAAAGCGCCUCGCGUUUGAGGUCCCCUCGCGAGGAUACAAGAGCGUUGAGGUGUGCCAGGCGUACCUGCUGCUUUCGAUGUGGACGCUCGGGCCAGAGAAGACGUUCGAGCAGGACCGGACCUGGUUGAUGCUGGGCAUGGCGAUCCGCAUGGCGACCGACUUGAACUUACAUCGCAAGUCGAUCAUGUCGGGCUUGGAUACGAAGGAGGGCCGGGAGCGAGACCUCGAGAUCGUCAACCGAGAGCGCUGCUGGCUCAUGUGUUUCGUGCUCGACCGGUCUGUCUCAGCGCAGAUGGGCAAGCCAUAUACGUUGCGCGAGGAUUACAUUAUCCGCGGCGCGUGCGAGAAGUCGUGGCACCAGCAGAGGUUCGCGCUGCCGUCUGACCACGCGUUGGCCGCGUACGUUGUGCUUCAGCAGAUCAUGAGCAGGGCCAUCGACACGAUUUACUCCUCCACAACGACGAUUUCGGGAUUGCGAGAUGACUGUGACUACAUGCUUGUUGUCCGCUCGGCGCAUGAGGAAUUGCGACGAUGGCUGUCUGAAUGGAACCGCGGGCCGCAGCCUGACGGGCACGUCGAGUACGACUCUCGCGCGCAGUUCUACUACGCAUACUCGUCGCUCGUGCUCUAUUCGUUCGGCUUGGAGAACGCGCUCGAGCGGUCCAAAAUGGACAUCUCGUUCUUCCUCACGAAUGUGUACGAGGCCGCAUCGCGUGUGUGCACAGUCGUCAAGAACCACUUCCUCGAACGAAGCUACCUGCCGUACCUACCCGACACGAACUUUGUUAUGUGCAGCUACGCGCUGCUGUCGCUGCUUAAGCUCCUCAAGCCAGAACUGAGGAACUACCACGACUCGGAGGAGGCGAUUUUCAAGCUUGUGACCGAGGUUGCGGACAUCCUGGAGAACUGCGCGGUCGACUCGUCUCACCAGCCUGCGAUCUACUCGGCGUUCAUCCGCGAGAUUGUGCGCAAGACACGCGAGAACCGCCGUGGGCCGAGCGCGCACCCCUCGCGCGCGGUCAGCAGGGCGGGCUCGCCGGGGCCGAACGGCACGGGCGAGUCGGGCCAGAUGUUCGACCCGGCGCUCCUGCACGAGGUGACGUGGCCGCACGGCGACGUUCUCGGCGGUGAGACACACUUCGCAUUCAUACCGCAGGGCGGCGACAUGAUGAUCAUGCCGUCUGCAGCGGGCCCAAGUGAAAGCGUGCAGAACUCGCCGUCUGCGACGUUCGGCGGCGCUUACCAGUCCCAGACCACGCCGCAGGCAUCCAACGGCUGGGCUGAGUACCUGCCUACGUUUAUGAGUGCGGACGCGUUCGACGGAUGGGAUGGGAGCAUGCUCCUUCCCGGCUUCGGGAGAGGGCAGAUGACAUUGGCCGGCGGGCUGGUGCACUCGCAGUUCGGGAGCGGUAUCAUUACACCUCUAGGGCGCAGUCCCGCCGCGUCGCGGGCGGCUUCCCGUGCGGCGAGCCGCGCACAGUCGCCUGUGGGCAAGUAG